GAUGAUUAACCAGGCAGUAAGCAGUGGGCACCUUCAAGGUUUCACCCCGGGUUUUUUUCAUCAUUUGGCCUUUUGUACUUUUAGGCUUUUGUUUGGUGGAUUUUUCUACUUUUUGGGGCUAGCUGCUUUUUCUUGGAGAACCAUCCCAAAUGUAUUUUCUAAUGAAAGAAAUGGUUUCAGAGCACACCCAUUUGACUCCCACAUGCUUGGAAUGCUACAUUUUACAUGUUUAUGCGUACCCUGGAUGUCCCCCCCUUUAGAUGCUCCUCAAAUCUACUGCUAAUCGUUCUCCUCCUCACAAUACGUGGAGAGCGUUGAUGCACCUUGCAGCCUUUUUCUUUACCUUAUCCUACCAAACCAUCUGUAAAACCAAAUAUGCCGCGGACUAUAUUGUUCUUUAUUGUUUUCUUGUCUGCUCGCUUGCCCGUCACAGCUGCCUGUCCCCUUCCAAGUACUGCGCAUAUUUUUGUCUCUUCCACAACAUCACCAUCUCAAUCUUUAGAGUAUCCAGCUUUCCCCGUUCUUCUCUCUUGAGUUUUCCCCUUCCCAAUGACCACCCAAUACCCUCCAUUACUCUUUCUUUCCAUUUCCCAGAAGCUUCUUGAAGUUUGAUUAGUUAGGUAUGCUAGUUGACUGGUUUGUGGGUUUUUCUCCGUCUCGCAUAAAAGGUUUUAAUACUCUCUAUGCAAUAUAGGUUCUCUUCUUGGCCCGAAUUCAUCUCUUGGAUUUGCUGAAAUGUACUUGAGAAGUUGAAAGUAGAAUCCAACUCACCCUGUUUUGUCCCACCUCGUACAUUAGGCCCGUUUUUAUCAAGUGGGCUACCAGAUUUUGGCCCCAGAAUCUCUCGUUCCUUGGCUUUUCCAGCCUCAAUAGCUCAGACCUGAUGUAGAUGUGGGGGAAAUCUCACCUCCAUGCUUUCUAGGGUGUGGUGAAACGCCAUUCCAAGAGCUGGUAAAGCUUAAAAUUGUUGUGGGCGUCGUAAAAUCCAACCAAAUCCUAUCCCCAAGCUGUGAUAAAGCUCAAGAGUGUGGUAAAGAAUCUACCCCAUGGUGCUAAAAGUCGAUACCAAGAAUACAUAGAGGUGAGAACAAUACUAGGCUUCUCUUAUGAGAUAAUGUGCUCAGCUGUAAGUGUUGUUAAGUUAUUCAAUGGGGAAUACGGAUGGCGAUGAGAAGAGUACCAAGAUGGCUCAAGCGAUGGAAAACCAUUCAAGGAUUACGGAGGACGAGGAAGGGAAGCUGGGUUCUGAUCUAGAAGUCUUGUGCACACUUGCAGCAUCAUCUUCAUCAGCCCACAAAGCCAUGGAGGAGGAGGAGGAGGAGGAGGAGACUGAGACUUCCUUUCCUCAUGAAGUACUAGAACAUGUGCUUGAAUUUUUAACAUCCCGCAAAGAUAGAAACUCAGUUUCUCUUGUCUGCAAGUCAUGGUACAAGGUUGAAGCUUGGACUCGUUACCAUGUCUUCAUAGGGAACUGCUAUUCAGCUUCUCCCAGCACAAUGAUAAACAGGUUUCCCAAGGUAAAAUCUCUAACUUUGAAGGGCAAACCCAGAUUUGCAGAUUUCAAUCUGGUGCCUAAGAACUGGGGAGCCUAUCUACAUUCCUGGGUGUUAGCCAUGGGUCCUGCCUAUCCAUGGCUGGAGACCUUGUCACUUAAAAGGAUGACAGUCACAGAUGACGAUCUACUGAUUCUUGCAAACUCAUUCCCUAACUUUAAGGAGUUAAUACUGUUUUACUGUGAUGGGUUCAGCACCGAAGGUCUUGCCAUUAUUGCAAGCAAGUGCAGACAAUUACAACGAUUUGAUUUGAAUGAAGAUGAUAUCGUUGACAGCGGAAAUGAUUGGUUGAGUUGUUUUCCACAGACAACUACCACAUUAGUAUGCCUUGCCUUUGAUUGUUUGGUGGCCCCGAUAAAUUAUGAUGCACUUGAAAGAUUAGUGGCCCGAUCCCCUUCUCUCAAAGAGCUAAAGUUGAAUGCAUCUGUUUCUAUUGUACAGUUGUAUCGACUCAUGUUAAGAGCUCCACAGUUGACACAUUUAGGAACAGGCUGUUUCUCUUAUGAUUUCAUACCUGAACAAGCAACAAUCCUUCAAGUUGCCUUCCACAAUUGCAAGUCACUUCAAAGUCUGUCAGGGUUUCAUGAAGUCGUUUUGGAGUAUCUACCAACAAUCUAUUCAGUUUGCAACAACUUAACUGACCUGAACUUUAGCUAUGCUGUAAUUGGUAGCAGAGAGUUGGAGCAGAUCGUAUGCAAGUGUCCAAAAUUGCAGCGUCUUUGGGUUUUGGACUCAGUAGAAGAUGCAGGUUUAUGGGCUGCUGCUGCAACAUGCAAGGACUUAAGAGAUCUACGAGUUUUUCCUGUUGACCCACGAGAGGAUGGUCAGGGUUCUGUAUCUAAUGAGGGACUGGUUGCCAUUUCAGAGGGAUGCCCAAAUCUCCAGUCAAUACUUUACUUUUGUCAGCGGAUGACAAAUGCAGCAGUUGUGACCAUGUCAAAGAAUUGUCCAAAACUCGCCAGUUUUCGGCUCUGUAUUAUGGGUCGGCACAAACCUGACCAUAUAACUGGUGAACCCAUGGACGAAGGAUUUGGUGCAAUUGUAAUGAACUGCAAAAAUCUGACAAGGUUGGCGGUGUCUGGUCUACUCACCAAUAAAACAUUUGAGUACAUUGGAACUUAUGGUAAAUCACUGGAGACCUUGUCAGUGGCAUUUGCUGGGGAGAAUGACUUGAGUAUGAAAUAUGUUCUUGAUGGGUGUAGACAUCUAAGGAAGCUGGAGAUAAGGGAUAGCCCUUUUGGAGAUGUUGCCCUUCUGUCUGGUUUACAUCAUUAUGAAAACAUGCGAUUUUUGUGGAUGUCUUCAUGCAAGGUCAGUAUGCAGGGGUGUAUGGAACUUGCAAAAAGGAUGCCUUUGCUCAAUGUUGAAAUAAUUAAAGAGAAUGAGAAUGAUGACCCUUCUGUGGAGAAACUUUAUGUGUAUCGUUCUGUAGCAGGGCAUCGUAAGGACUCACCAUCCUUUGUAAUUACUUUGUAACCAGUAGUUAUCCAAUUUUGCGGCCAUGGCCAUUGUACUAUUACCCUUUUCAUGUUUGGUGAUGGGCAACAAGCCUCUGUAAAUAUUUCUUUAGCAACAAUGAUGAAGCAUGAAGUCAAACUGCCAAUGUUUGUUUGGCAUUUCCCUAAUGCUAGGGACAAAAUUGUUAAGAAUGUUUUAUUGUGAUCAAGUGGGAGAGUGCUGAUUAUUAAGAAUUCUUAUUGUUGGUCAGUCUUUCAACAAAAAAAAGCUCUUCGAUUCUUUAAGGGAGGUGGGGGUAAUGUAAGAUCGUUGAUGGUCAACAAAUGUCUUAUGCACAUGUGGGGGCACUAUUCUGGGAGUCCUAAAUAUGCAAUUAAUCAGAUUUUGUAUUAGAGUUAUUUUCAGCAAAAGAGAACGGUUAAUUAGUCCUGGAUUUUUUGGUAUCA